CUGUUUGAGAAAGAUAGACGUGUGUUGACCCUACCUGCUACUGUCGAGGGUCAGGGUGGAAGUAGAGGAAUACCCCCCCUUCUGUGUCUGCUCACCAUGUAUAAACCUGUAUCGGCUCUAAUCGGCCGUUGUGCAGUUUUAACACGACGGUCCUGCUCAUGGCCCAAUUUGGCCCACUUCCACUGGGCCAGUGGGACAUUAUGUCAGAAAUCAGAGUUCAAGGUCCCCCCUGCAGAUUUGCCAGAGAUGCCCCCGUGCAAUUUCAGUCCGGAAAAAUACACGGGUAUGUCCAAAGACCGGAUGAUAGCGAUCCGCAGACAGAACUGCAACCCCAUGACCAUGAAGGUUACUUAUUAUAAGAAGCCAGUGUUCAUUCACCAGGGGUACAUGCAGUGGCUGUGGGAUGUGGAUGGGAGACGAUAUCUGGAUCUGUUUGCUGGUGUGGCUACUGUCAGUGUGGGCCACUGCCACCCGAAAGUAACAGCAGCCGCAGAGCAGCAGCUGAAGAAACUGUGGCAUACAACUAGCAUCUAUGUCUAUCCCACGCUCCAUGAGUAUUGUGAAAAAUUAGCUUCCUACUUCCCAGAACCACUUAAGGUGAUAUAUUUGACAAACAGCGGAUCAGAAGCCAAUGACCUGGCAAUGUUGAUGGCCCGCCUCCACACAGGCAGCUUUGAUAUAAUUACUUUCAGAGGGUCAUAUCAUGGUGGCAGUCCACAGAGCAUCGGCCUUACUUCCAAUGCAGCAUAUAAAUACCCUAUUGCCAAUGGUUUGGGCUGCACAAAUACCAUGUGUCCUGAUGUGUUCAGAGGGCCUUGGGGAGGAAGCCACUGCAGAGACUCCCCCGUUCAGACCAUACGAGAGUGUACUUGUUCCCAAGGUCACUGCAUGGCAAAUGAACAAUACAUUGCACAACUCAAAGAGACAUUUGCUACAAGUGUCCCACAUAGAAUAGCUGCUUUCUUUGGAGAGCCUAUUCAGGGAGUGGGAGGAGCUGUGCAGUACCCCAAAAACUACCUCAAGGAGGCUUACAAACUUGUAAGAGAGCGAGGAGGGAUCUGCAUUGCUGACGAGGUCCAGACUGGAUUUGGACGAACAGGAAGUCACUUUUGGGGUUUCCAAGGCCAUGAUGUCAUUCCUGAUAUGGUUACAGUGGCAAAGGGCAUUGGUAAUGGAUUCCCAAUGGGAGCUGUUGUUACAACACCAGAAAUUGCAGCCUCCUUUGUUAAGGGGGUUCAUUUCAACACCUUUGGGGGAAAUCCUGUGGCUUGUGCUGUUGCUUCAUCGGUGCUUGAUACUAUCAGAGAGGAUGGCACGCAGCAGAACAGUCUUCAUGUGGGCACCUAUCUGAUCACAGAGCUCGCAAAACUCAGAGACAAGUAUGAGAUUAUCGGUGAUGUCCGUGGAAAAGGCCUCCAGAUCGGCGUGGAAAUGGUCCGAGACAAGGCCAGCAGAGAGCCGCUUCCCCCUGAGGCAAUGCAUGAGAUUUUUGAGGAUGUCAAAGACAUGGGUGUCCUGAUUGGGAAAGGAGGAAUAUACGAACAGACCUUCCGCAUCAAACCGCCCAUGUGCAUCACAAUGGAAGAUGCUAAUUUCUUCUUGGCAGUUUUUAACAAGUCCCUCCACAACUACAUGGAAAAAAGAUGAAAGCCAGGAAAAGGUCAGACCGAUUGUUCACCCUGGUCAGCCAAUGAUGACCUUUUUUCAAUAUAAAGUAUAAAAAUCCCAGUGUGAAUCAUAAUAACCUCACUAUCUCUGUUUUUACCCUUGUGUAGAGUUUAAGAAGAGGAAAUGUUAUAAUUAUGUUGUAAUGGCACCUCACUAAUGAAAUGUGAAAUCUUGCAAAGUGUUCACAGCUGACUUUGAGGUCAUUUAGCUCUGUUGGAUCUACUAACGCUAGAAACCAAUUCUGGCUAAUUCUUCUGACAGUGGAUUUAUUGGCUUGUUAUCUCUGUAAAUAACUGGAUAAAUAUCUCAUUUUCACAAACUAAUAAAAUGUGAU